AUGGACGCAAAGAUAUUUUUACUGUUUUUAUUUGUUGUCGUGGCACAAUCAUACGAAAUCCUACAAACAAACAAGUUUGAAAAAAGGAUAAAAGAUGUUGAAAUGAUAUUACCAUACGAUAAAGUAUUAUAUCUACCACUUAUAGAUGGUAAACCUAAACCAUACGAUGGAUAUCGUACCCAUCCACGAAUCGAAUCCAAUCCCGAAAUAAUAAUAAAGAAAAAAGAAAAUACGGAAAAGAGAGAAAGAAGAUUACAAAAAGGACAAAUAGUUUAUGGAAAUCCAAAAAUCGCGCUGAGUCCUUUUCAUCAUUCAACGAUUAGGCCACCCAUAAAAUAUCGAGGUGGUAUAUCGCCCUACUAUGAUUUUGUCGAUUCUACACUCACGAGAGUCGAAGGAGUUAAUGCUGAGAAGAAAAAUCCUGCGAUUUUCGAUAGGAGUAGACGUUUAAAAAGUGAUACGAAAUCGGAAAAACAUUCGAAUACCUACGAAGGAGGAGGAGGAAACGAGUACUUCAAAAGUGAUAGCACAACAAACAAAGAAGAACGAUAUUAUGGAAAUAACGGUUUCGUACCGUCAUUUUGGAACGGUGGUUUUAACAAUCCGUCAUCUGAACAAAAACAAUCAAAGGUUAUUUCCGGUGAGAGUUUAAGCAGCGAAGAAAAAACCAUUUAUGAUUCUGAGGAAAUUGAUGAUAAAUACUUGAAAGGAGAAGAAAACAAUCCGAGAAUUACAUACGGAAGAGAAAAAGAAAGCAGGUACAAAAGAUCAACAAGGCAGACCCGACAAAAGGUCGAUACUUUCCUUCCUUCCGGUAAAAUUGACAGAAGAAAAAAAUACCAGAGGGAAAUUACGUCAGCGGAUGUUUACGAUGGUUCCAUACAUAAAUAUGACGUUUCCGAACAAUCUUACGGUGUUCCAGCAUCCAUAUACGAAGGAAUAUUCGAAUCCGAUGAAUUUUAUGAUUCUCGCGAAGAAUCUCCAGCGAGUCACGAAUCCUAUCGCGAUACGAGUUAUCAAAAUCGUAAUUCUUAUCAUUCGUCGACGAGCAGACAUUAUUUUGGAAACGAACAACAAAAAAGUUCACAAAAUCAUCAUUAUUCCGCGUCAUCUUCUUCCGGUGAAUCAGAUUAUCGGAAAAAGAAAACAUUCGAUGUUAAUUUUUAUAGGCCUAAAAAAUACGCGGAUCCCGAUUACGAUUCUGAAAAAUUAGCAAAAGAAAAUGAAUUCGUGGAAAAAACAAAAAAGGAAGAACUUCCGGUUAAGUUUUUAGAGGGGAAAACAAGUCACGAAACGUCCGAAACGAUACAACAACAAUCGAUACCAAAACCGAUACCAAAACCGGUGCAUCAACCAGUACCACAGCAAGUGCAACAACCGGUACGACAGCAAGUAAAACAAUCGAUACAACAACCGGUGCAUCAACCACAGCAAGUGCAACAACCGGUACGACAGCAAGUAAAACAAUCGAUACAACAACCGGUGCAUCAACCACAGCAAGUGCAACAACCGGUACGACAGCAAGUACAACAAUCGGUACAACAAUCUGUGCAACAAUCAGUACCACAGCAAGUAAAAGAAUCGGUGCAUCAACCAGUACCACAACAAGUACAACAAUCGGUACAACAACCGAAGCCACAGCAAGUAAAACAAUCGGUACAACAACCGAAGCCACAGCAAGUGGAACAAUCGGUACAGCUACCGGUGCAACAAUCAGUAUCACAACGAGCACAACAACUGGUGCAACAACCAGUACCACAGCAAGUGCAACAAUCGGUACAACAAUCGAUACCACAACAAGUGGAACAAUCGGUACAGCAACCGGUGCAAGAAUCAGUAUCACAACCGAUACCACAACCAAUACCGCAACUACCGAGAGUAAGAUCGAAAGAAGACGACAACGUUUGUCAAACGAUCAAAAGAGGGGAUAUGUUAUGCACAGUUUGUAAAAAUGAAAAAACCUCGUCCUCUUACGAACAGUGCAGAUUUAGUCGGAAAACAACAACAGCUGGAAAACAUAACACGAUUGACCUUGAUAAAGAUCAAAUCCUGGAAAAUACAUCAGUAGUAAAAAAUAUUUUAAAUAAACCUGGAAAUUCACCGAGAAAAAUAAUAAUAAAUUUAAAUAAAAGAACGAAAAGAGAUGCAUACGAUAAUGAUGAUGAUUCGGAAGAAUAUUCUGGAAAAUUUAAUAUGGAGGAAUCCGAAUCCGAUGAAUUUGGAAAAGAUAUAGAACAUUUAAAUUUCGAUCCAUUUUUUGAUGAUUUUGUAAAAAACGAAGAAAAAGAUUUUGAAAAUUACGAAGGUUCCGAAUCGGAAAAACAUUAUUCCUAUUUACCCAAUAUUAAAAUGGAAAAGAUGAUUGUUAAACCGGAAAUAAAACGAUCGUUGACGAUACCGAAUGAAAAAAACAAAGAAAAUGUCGAAAGAAUACCGGAAGAAUUUCGAACGAGAGAUUGGUCGAAUUGUGUAAAAACAAUCAGAAACAAAUUAACGUGUUAUAAAUGUUUCGAAGAAAAUGGAAUCACGAAUGAAAAAUGUACUCGAAACGUUUACGAAAUUAUAAAAUCCCCCCAAAAACAAACAACCAUUAACAAUAAUAAUAAUAAUAAUCAAUUAAAAGGAAUCAAAAUUGAAAAUUUAUUUCCGGUUUCAAUUCCAUCGGAUAAAAACGAAAAAUAUUAUACCGGAAGAAGUGGUUAUAAUUCGUUUAAACAAUCGUCCACGUUUCGAAAACCGUUAAUUCAAAAUUUAACAAAAUAA